GUGAGUACAGUAACUUCAGACAGUGAAGACCUGUUAUAACUCAAGUUUCGUUGACCUUCAACCUUUGGAAACUGAAAUUUGGAUCCUCAACAUAUGUAUUUGCCUGAAUUUCUUCGCUUUAACUUCAAUUUAAAACACUUUUUUAAACAUUUUUUCAAGACAUCAGUGACACCAGCUGCUUCACUUGCUUUGAGCUCACAGCAGCAGGUGUCCCAUCUCACGAUGGCCUCCAACAUGGUCCCCACUCUACCUGCCCAGGAUGACCAGUUAGUCACUGGAUGCAGGCUCACCUCCAGAUCCUGUGUCUACACGGUGCAGUCUUUCCUGGGGCAGGGCACCUUUGGCAAAGUUGCCAAAUGCACAAGGAUGGAUGAUAUGAGGACUGUGGCCGUCAAAAUGAUCAAGAACCAGGGAUCUCAUGCCAUGCUGGCACACCUGGAGGUGGCAACCCUGAUGAAACUCCGAUCGCUGCAUCUGGACAAAAGCGUCACCGUUGAAUGGAACGAUGUGUUCUUUGACAGAGGACACAUUUGCCUGGAGUUUGAGCACCUGGAUAAGAGUCUUUAUGAUUUCAUGGAGGAGAGAUAUUUCCAACCUCUCCUUCUGAGAGAGAUCAGACCCAUUGUCCAGCAGCUCGCCAACGCGCUCGACCAUUUGAAGGCUGCUGAGAUAAUACAUGCAGACCUCAAGCUGGAAAACGUGAUGUUGGUUAAUCAUCUGCAGGAGCCGUACAGAGUCAAAGUGAUUGACUUUGGCCUGGCGUGUAACACGUCAGCUGCCAGGCCGGGCUCAUACAUUCAGAGCCGUGCAUACCGGGCUCCAGAGAUUAUUUUGGGUCUCCCUUUCACAGAGGCCAUUGAUAUGUGGUCUCUGGGCUGUUUGGCAGCCACCAUGUACCUCGGCGCUCUGCUCUACCCUGGCAGCAGUCAGUAUGAUAUGAUGAGAUACAUAAUAGAGACUCAGGGCCAGCCACCAGAUCAUCUGCUCACCUUUGGAUACAACACCAGCUCUUUCUUCCAGAGAGACUACAACUCCACCACCAGUCACUGGAAACUCAAGACACCAGAUCAGUUCCACAGAGAGACAGGGAUCGAGCCAAAAGAGACCAGGAGGUUCAAGUUCACCUCUCUGGAUCAGCUCCUUCAUGUCCGGGUCAUCAAUCCUGAUAAUGCUGCGGAUAAAAUUGCAGAAAUCCAUGACGCCCUGAUGUUUGUGGCCAUGGUGAAGGAAAUGCUUCAGCUGGAUGCCGCCCAACGGAUUACGCCUCGUCAGGUGCUGGAGCAUGACUUCAUCAGCAUACGCCAUAUUGCCAACAUUUACUCCUUCAGCCAGUAUGUCAGGUCCUGCUAUGACAUAAUGGGAGUCUGUCAGAGCAAAGCCCCGACUUCUGACAGUGAGAACGCUGCAUGUUCGUCACUGCAGCAGCCCCCGUACAUGACCACCUACACCGUCCAGCAGAAUCCUCCUACUCCGGCUGAGGGGAGCAGCCUGGACCAGCCCCACUGCAUCAACCCACAUCCCGGCACCAGUACCCAGACCACCGGUUCAGAUAGGUCAGGGAUGAAGAGGAAGGUUGACGAAGAAGAUGGAAACAAAACCUCUUCUGUGUCCAAAAGUGUCAAGUCCAUAUCGGAUGAUUGUCAGCAAAGCCACACAGCUCCGACCAGUUCCAACAGCAGCCAGACCCAAAGUCUGGUCAGGUCAGGCAUUAAAAGGAAGAUGGCUGAUGAUGAACAUCAAAACAAUCAAAAAAUGAAAGGUCGCCACAAUGAAAGGCCAGAUGACAACAGGAAGAGGUUCCACAAAAGCUCUGCAGGUCCAUCCACCUCAGGCUGCAGCAGCAAGACCCAGAGUUGUGUCUCACCAAGGGUUAAGAGAAAGAUGGCUCGUGGUGAAGACUCAGACACUGACCAUGACAACAGGUCAGAACGUGAGAGGAAGAGAGCCAGAAAAUGCAAUGCAGGUACAUCUACCAGAUCUGACCAGAGGAACAACCCAGCCGAUGACCACCACCGCCAGCACCACAGUGCACGUCCUUCAACUGCACUCAGACCGAGAGCCAGGCUCGGUCAGGACUGAAAAGAAAAGCAGCGGAUGAUGAAGAUCUCCAGCCCAGAAAAAGAACCGCUGAUCCCAGGUCAGAUGAUGCCAGACAGAAGUCUGUGGUGCGUUUAGAGGAGGAACGAAGGAGAGGAGCACGUCACAUCAGCAAGAGGAGGACAGCCGACCACAGACAGGACCAGAGGACCCGAUGGGUGUAGCCGUCGACAUUAGGGCUGCCCAAAACCUUCCGUGGAUCCACUGGCAUGAUGUCUGUCUGUCUGUCUGUCUGUCUGUCUGUGUCUCUCUCUCUCACUCCCCCACCUCCAACCCCCUGUCUCUCUCUCUUUCUCUCACCCCCCCUCAUCUCCCCAACCCCCCGUCUGUGUGUGUGUGUCUCUCCCUCCCUCUCCCGUCUCCCCCACCCCUCAACCCCCAUCUCUCUCUUUCUCUCUCUCCUCCCGUCUCACCCAAUCCCCCAACCCCCUGUCCUGUCUCUCUCUCUUUCUCUCUCUUUCUAAACCCAACUGGUCAAGGCAGAUGGCCGCCCACCUGAGUCCGGGUCUGCUCAAGGUUUCUGCCUGUUAAAGGGUCAGUUUUUCCUUGCCACUGUCGCCAAGUGCUUGCUCAUGGUGGGCAUCGUUGGGUCUCUUUAAAUAAAAAUAAAAAAAGUGCCCUGAGAUAACUUCUGUUAUCAUUCAUGAUUUCACGUAUCUAA